GUUGACAUAAGCCAGGAUGGUGGCGCCUUCGCUAAAGCUUCAGGAUCUAAUCGAAGAGAUUCGCGCCGCCAAGACUCAGGCUCAGGAGCGGGAGGUGAUCCAGAAGGAGUGUGCCCACAUCCGGGCCUCCUUCCGUGAUGGGGACCCUCUACACAGACACCGCCAGCUGGCCAAACUGCUCUACGUCCACAUGUUGGGCUACCCCGCCCACUUUGGACAGAUGGAGUGCCUGAAACUGAUCGCCUCCCCCAGAUUCACAGACAAGAGGGUGGGCUACCUGGGGGCCAUGCUUCUAUUGGAUGAGAGGCAGGAUGCCCACCUGCUCAUUACCAACAGCAUCAAGAAUGACCUGAGCCAGGGGAUUCAGCCAGUACAAGGCCUGGCCCUGUGUACUCUGAGCACCAUGGGCUCUGCUGAGAUGUGCCAGGACCUGGCCACGGAGGUGGAAAAACUGCUCCUGCAGCCCAGCCCCUACGUGCGCAAGAAGGCUAUUCUGACUGCAGUGCACAUAAUCCGGAAGGUUCCUGAGCUCUCCAACAUCUUCCUCCCAUCCUGUGCCCAGCUGCUUCAUGAGCGCCACCACGGCGUCCUGCUGGGCACCAUCACGUUGAUCACGGAGCUCUGCGAACGAAGCCCUGCAGCCCUCAGGCACUUUCAAAAGGUGGUACCCCAGCUGGUGCAGAUCCUCCGGACUCUAGUGACAACGGGAUACUCCACAGAACACAGCAUAUCUGGAGUCAGCGACCCCUUCCUGCAGGUCCAGAUACUUCGUCUCCUUCGGAUUUUGGGCCGGAACCACGAGGAGAGCAGUGAGGCCAUGAAUGACUUGCUGGCCCAGGUGGCCACUAACACAGACACCAGCCGAAACGCGGGCAACGCAGUCCUGUUUGAGACAGUGCUCACUAUCAUGGACAUCCACUCUGCAGCUGGCCUACGGGUUCUAGCUGUCAACAUUCUUGGCCGCUUCCUGCUCAACAGUGACAAAAACAUUAGGUACGUAGCCCUGAUGUCAUUGCUGCGGCUGGUGCAGUCUGAUCACAGUGCUGUGCAGCGGCAUCGGCCUACCGUGGUGGAUUGUCUACAGGAAACUGAUGCCUCCCUUAGCCGGAGGGCCCUGGAACUAAGCCUGGCUCUGGUGAAUAGCUCCAAUGUGAGAGCCAUGACACGGGAGCUGCAGGCGUUUCUGGAGUCCUGCCCCCCUGAUCUACGGGCUGAUUGUGCCUCAGGCAUCCUGCUGGCUGCAGAGAGGUUUGCUCCAACCAAGCGGUGGCACAUGGAUACCAUCCUGCACGUCCUGACAACGGCAGGCACCUAUGUGCGGGAUGAUGCAGUGGCCAACCUGACCCAGCUGAUUGCGGGGGCUCAGGAGCUACACGCCUACUCUGUGCGCCGCCUCUACAGUGCCCUGGCAGAGGACAUCUCCCAGCAACCGCUGGUACAGGUGGCAGCCUGGUGCAUUGGGGAGUACGGGGACCUCCUGCUGGAGGGAAACUGUGAGGAAACUGAGCCCCUUCAGGUGGAAGAAGAGGAGGUGUUAGCACUGCUGGAAAAGGUUCUGCAGUCCCACAUGUCCCUGCCAGCCACCCGAGGAUAUGCCCUCACAGCCCUCAUGAAGCUGAGUACCCGGCUCCGUGGCGACAACAAGCGUAUCCGCCAGGUGGUGUCCAUCUACGGGAGCUGCCUGGACGUGGAGCUGCAGCAGCGGGCUGUGGAGUAUAACGCACUCUUCCGGAAGUACGACCACAUCAGGGCUGCCAUCCUUGAAAAAAUGCCUCUUGUGGAACGAGGUGGCCCUCAGGUUGGUGAGGAAGCAAAGGAAAGCAAAGCAGCAGCCAAGCUUUCAGAAGCAGCCCCUGUGCCCACAGAGCCCCAGGCCUCAAAGCUCUUGGAUCUGCUAGAUCUCUUGGAUGGCCCUUCUGAGGAUGCCCAGCAUCCUUCCCCUCUGGAUCCCUCCCCAGGAGGUGCCUUAGUACAACUCCUUGACCUUCCCUGUGCACCUCCACGCCCUGCUCCCAUCCCAAAUCUCAAAGUGUUUGAGCGUGAGGGAGUACAGCUGAAUCUGUCUUUCAUUCGACCUCCUGGAACCCCUGCUUUGCUCUUAAUCACAGUUACCGUCACCAACUCUUCGGGGGGUGAUGUCACCCACUUCAUCUGCCAGGCUGCUGUGCCCAAGAGUUUCCAGCUGCAGCUACAGGCUCCCAGUGGGAACACAGUUCCAGCUCGGGGUGGCCUUCCCAUCACCCAGCUCUUCAGAAUCCUCAAUCCUAACAAGGCCCCCUUGCGGCUAAAGCUGCGCCUCACCUACAACCACUUUGGCCAGCCCGUGCAGGAGAUCUUUGAGGUGAACAACGUGCCUGUGGAAACAUGGCAGUAACUGCCUCCAUUCACAGCCUAAAAUCCUCGUGUAUUCCAAACCCCAAGGGAUCCUAGCCACUUGGAAUGUAUACCUGAGGGCUACCAGCAGGUGGCGCUCUGGCCCUGCAUUUACCACUGCAAAACUGUGGGAGCCUGCCCCCCUCUCCCACAAAUAAUGAAAGCCCAAUAAAGCCUGAGGGGUGA